UUCCCUCGUGAAAUACCAGUUUGAUGAGCGUCUCCACCAGAGACAUUUCUGGAGUUUAGUUUAUAAUAAAGACUAUAUUACUGAUAUCACUGCCCGCACAAUCUACUUUAAGGAUGUUUAAACUGGAUGUUUUCAGCAGGAUUAGUUAUCAGCAGGUGUUUUUUAGUUUGUUGUUCCGCCCCCUAUUGCAUGUCUUCAUUAAACUGGAUGUGGACUCUACCAUUUGGUCUGGCAGCAUCAAGCGUAGGGAGAUUCCAUCUGGAUGAGCCGGAGUCGACCCAUAAUCCCCUGGUCUGCCCAACAGACUCCUGUUAAGGUGACAUGUAGGACUUGCCUUCUGAAACUCUGCCAGGAUUUUCCUUUGGAUUUUUUUAUUAUUUAUAUCAAACGCCAUAAUACAUAAAAGAAUAAUAUUUGCGGUGCAGCAUGUGGCCUUGUGUAGAACCACCCAAAGGGAAAUAACUCAUUGCUGUUAUAAAUAUUGAGGCCUUAACUUAACUGAGAAUAUAACAAACCCAAGCCAAAAUGGAUGACCCUUACCAAAACAAUAUAAACCAGCAGGGAGAUGCAUAUCCCACAUAUGGAGAAGGAGGAGAGUACACGUACCCUUAUCAGACAGACUACCCUCCUCAGGAGGAGGACGAUGCUGCUAGUGAUGCCACCGAGGGGCAUGAUGAAGAUGAGCAGAUGUAUGAGGGGGAGUACCAAGGCAUCCCUCAUCCGGACGAGAUCAAGGAGGCGCGGAGAGCCGCACGAAGGGAGGCCCGUAUGAAGGCCAGGAUGGCAGCUGAGGUCGAAGAGGAAACGUUGCCAGAGCAAUACGAGAGCAUCAUGGAAGACUGCGGUCACGGGCGCUUCCAGUGGACCCUCUUCACGGUGCUGGGUCUGGCCCUGAUGGCUGAUGGCGUGGAGUGCUUCGUAGUGAGUUUCGCCCUGCCCAGUGCUGAGAAGGACAUGUGCCUGUCGAAUGCUGACAAGGGAAUGCUGGGUUUAAUAGUGUAUGUGGGCAUGAUGAUCGGAGCUGUCCUGUGGGGGGGUCUGGCUGAUAAACUGGGCAGACGGCAGUGUUUACUCUACGCUCUGGCCAUCAACUGCAUCUUCUCCUUCCUGUCGAGCUUCGCACAGAGCUACGGCUUCUUCAUCUUCUUCAGACUCUGCUCGGGAAUUGGGAUCGGAGGAUCAAUCCCUGUGGUGUACACUUACUACGCUGAGUUCCUGCAGAUGGAUAAGAGAGGAGAACAUCUCAGCUGGCUGUGCUUGUUCUGGAUGCUCGGAGGACUGUAUGCUUCCUUCACCGCAUGGGGAAUCAUCCCACAUUAUGGUUGGGGUUUCAGUAUGGGGACUGAGUUCCAGUUCCACAGUUGGAGGGUGUUUGUGCUGGUUUGCUUCCUUCCCUCUGUGGCUGCUCUCGCUGGGCUGGUGUUCAUGCCAGAAAGUCCCCGCUUCCUCCUGGAGACUGCAAGACACGAUGAGGCCUGGAUGGUCUUGCGGCAGGUCCAUGACACCAACUGGAGGGCAAAGGGAGAGCCAGAAAGAGUGUUUCAAGUUUCGCAGCUCAAAGUACCUCAAACACAAGAUGACGAGUUCAUUGAGAUUCAGAGUGAAACUGGAACUGCCUUUCAAAGAUUCAUGGUCAGACAUAUGACCCUGGUUAAACAGGUAAUGAAGAACAUGAUGUCACUGGCUGCACCUGAUGUCAGACUCCAUGGUUUGUUCAUUGCCAUUGUGUGGUUUACGAUGGCCUUCAGCUUUUAUGGUCUGGGAGCGUGGUUUCCUGACCAGAUCAAGUACCUCCAGUUUGAGGAAUAUGAGUCCAACGUCAAGAUCUUCCAUCGCGAGAAAGUGGAACGCUUUCAUUUUAACUUCACUCUGCAAAAUCAGGUCCACAAAGAGGGGGAGUAUAUCCAUGACAGGUUUAUCAACAUAGAAAUAAGAAAUGUGAAGUUUGAGGAUUCCCUGUUUGAGAACUGUUAUUUUGAGGACGUCAGAUCAACAGAGACCUUCUUUGAGAACUGCACCCUUAAAAACACAGUCUUCUACAAUACUGACCUGUGGGAAGAUUCCAAGUUUAUUGACUGUAACCUGGAAAAUACAACAUUUUUGCAUCCCAAAAAAGGCUGCCAUCUAAAUUUCCAAGAGGAAAAUGACAUCCUGAUCUAUCUAGACAGCUUCCUGGGCAGUUUGUCUGUGAUACCGGGCAACAUCCUUGCAGGUCUUUUAAUGGAUAAAAUAGGACGACUUAAAAUUAUAGGGGGAUCCAUGUUAGGCUCCGCUCUCUGCACGUUCUUCCUGCUCCUGUGCUUCCAUCAGUGGGCUGUCGUCCUGUUCCAGUGCCUCUUCUUCGCAGCCGGUGCGGCAGCCUGGAAUGGCAUCGAGGUCGUCACUGUGGAGCUCUAUCCAGCCUCAAAAAGAGCCACGGCUUUCGGUGUGCUGAAUGGCACAUGUAAACUGGCAGCUAUCAUUAGCACUUUCAUCUUUGGCAAGUUCAUCGGCAUCACCAAGAUUAUCCCGAUCAUCCUGUCCUUCUCGGCGCUAGUGUGCGGAGGACUGCUAUCAUUUAAGUUACCUGAGACUCGGGAGGUCAUUCUUCAGUGAAAAAGCCAAACUCCUCAAGGCCUCAGCGUUUGGUCCAGCUGGACACUGGAUGACCGCAUGCUUAGACUAAUGAACACUAACAGGAAGAGGGCUGAAAGCUGAAAUGGUGUUAUGUAUGAUAGAACCACCAUACCGUAGUAUUACUUUCAUAGUAUUACUUCUUUUAAGCUAAAGAUGUAGAGCAGAUGUUUAUGUUGUUCACAGUGGCUGAUGUAUUUUGACUAAGAAAUAUGGGGCAAUAUCUUUGCUACAAUGGUACAAAAUGAUUUAGAGGUGAGUAUUGAUAUCAAAAUCCCUUUUUUUUUAUAUCGGAAUAAAAUAACUUUGACUGUAAGUUCAGUCUUUCUCCAACUUCAUUUUGGUCAUCAGCUAGUUUUUGUUGUGUUGUAUUUGUAAACCACUGUGGUAUAUGUUUAUUUCACAUUAGAUAAUUAUAUUUUCACUGUGUUUUAAUUCUAAUGUUCUUGGAUCUUUUCAACUAUUAUUUGUCAUGCCUUUCAGUAGAAGACGAUCAUCAUACUACACAAGAAUGACAUUGUUUGUAUGAAAAUAGACAUUUUUAAAAAUGGACUUGUAUGUAUAAUGCUCAUUUUCCUGUGAGAAAAUAUGUAGAUUAUGUGAUUUUGAUUUUAUUUGUCUCCGUUUUAAAAAUGUGUGAAUAGUAAAUAAUAUGUAGGAAUGGCUCACAAAUGAUCAUUAUUAUUAUAAUUUUUCACGUUUGACCACAGAAAAGGCUAUUCAAAUGUAUUUUUUAAAAAGACAUCUUUAGGUCAUCACUGAUUAAAUGCUACAACUCCUCUAACAGCUUUAUGAAAUCUAAAUUUUUUAUAUAUAUAUAUAUUUCAUGUUCAAAUAAGAAAAGAUCAGUUUACCUUUUUUGUUUUGUUUGUUCUGGUUUGUGAUGGUAUAAAAUAAAAUAUAAAACAUUAUAA